AUGCGGAAAUAUUGCCUUUUUACGAGGCUCUUCGUCAAAUCACUUACGUACUUCACCCCGUGGUCAAAAUUGUACGGGCUGGUUUACAUAAACCUCGGAUGGAACGGAAUUACUGAGAUUUCAUCAAGUGCUUUUGCUGGCGUAACCAGCUUAACAGAACUUAUAUUACAUAGUAACGAAUUAACAUCGUUACCGGAAACUGUUUUUAAAGAGUUAUCAAACCUAAAACAACUUAAUAUAUCCCACAACUCAUUGACAUCUUUACCAAGUGGAAUAUUUCACAACUUGACUGAUUUAACAACACUUGACUUGUCCUACAACAAUCUACAAUCAUUGAAUUCGUCAUUAUUUGAUGGGUUAUACAAUCUACAUGUGUUACGCCUCUACGACAAUGACAUAACAUUAUUACCAUCAACGAUAUUCCAUUCAUUGACAAAACUAUCAUUCCUGAAUGUUCGUGGUAAUGAACUGACAUCUUUAUCUGCUGCUCAUUUCAUUACAUUGACACGUUUAAAAUUACUCGACCUUUCCAAUAAUAAAUUAACUGCUUUGCCACGUGACAUAUUUCAACCACUGACUGGAUUGUUGUGGUUAAUUCUUAAGUCAAACCAACUACAAUUGUUAACAGUCCAUAAUGUCACACAGUUGGUCACCUUGGAAGUGUCGCAUAAUAGAUUCACAGAUUUAUCAUUUACACAAGACAUAAAAGAAAACGGACUAAAUAUUUAUGGAUUGCCAAAUCUACGUUAUUUUUAUUUGAAUAGCAAUGACAUAACACUUCUACCUGAAACAAUUGUUAAUUUCCCCGAAAUAUAUAACAUGGGACUCAGAUUCAACAAACUUACACAUUUACCCCAGCUUCCACCAGAAUUAAAUUAUUUGAACCUUGGAUAUAACAAAUUCACACAGUUGCCCGACACUAUUCAGAGUUUACCAAAUCUCCGCCAUCUAUACCUUGUUGGCAAUGAACUGAGCAAUUUACCAAGUUUUCACAAUCUAACAGCACUUCAAUUCUUACGACUCUCCGAAAAUCCUUGGUCAUGUGACUGUCACAUGGAGGCUUUCAAGAGAUGGAUACACAAUAACACACAAGUAGAUACCCAACUAAUCUGUCAAUAUCCAAUCGAGUAUACCGGAACAAACAUUGUCAAUUUAGCAGUAUCAGAUCUUCAGUGUGUCCCACCAACAUUUAACAACUCAUUUGAAUGGGUGUAUGUUGGAAUAGAUGAAUCCAUAACACUGACUGUUAAUGUUAAUGGUGUCCCACUUCCACAUAUCCAAUGGAUACCUCCUAAUGGCAUUGUGAUUGGUACUGAGAGUGAUUCUGUAGUCCGCCUUGAACCAGACGGUAGUCUCUUUAUACCAUCUGUGCAGAAUGACUUAGUUGGGUCAUAUGUGUGCAUUGCCGACAACGAUAAGGGCCAAGCAGUAGCAGUACGAUAUCUACAAAUACGUUCACCGCCACGAGCCACGACCACAUAUGCGACUGUCUCACCGCCCACUACCUUCAUACCUGAGACGACCAGUGAGAACACCUCUCGUAAUGUAAUAAGUACAACAGACACCACAACAAAAGAUACCCAUGAAACAGCACCAGCUGAACAAGAUUAUUUUCUAAUUUAUGUAGGAUAUGUUGUAUCAUUUAUUGUGGGGUUGGUGAUUGGAACAGUUACGUUAGUGUUAAUACUUUGCUGUCGACGCCAUCGUGGUCGUACACAAAAUACCACACCGGAAAAUACAGAAGUAAGGAACGGUGAUCCUCGUCUUCACUACGCCGAUCUCAGCAUUGUCAAUUCCAAUAUUUACCAACAAUUGACUACGACCAAUAACGAUACGGGAGGUUACAUUAAUUUGGAGAUGUUAGCAAGACCCGUGAUUCUCCAAGAAGCAUACGGAGCAAACUCAUCAUCCACUUGA